AUGUAUGAUUGCAUAGGUGCUAUUGAUGGAACUCAUAUUCCUUACAAGGUGCUUGUUGAAGAGCAGGCUAGAUUUUGUGGAAAGUACUAUCUCGUAGAUGCGAGUUAUAGAAAUAUGUCAGGAUUCUUAGCUCCUUAUCAAAACACAUGGUACCACCUCAAUGAGAUCCGAGGAUGGUUGCCUAAAUCCCCAAAAGAAAUCUUCAACCAUAGGAAUUCCGCAUUGAGAAAUGUAGUGGAGCGUGCAUUUGGUGUAUUAAAGAAGCGUUGGGCCAUCCUAGACUCCACCCAACACUUUGAUUUCCCUACACAGGUUAGUAUUGUCAUUGCAUGUUGUGUCCCUCAUAAUCACAUAAUGGGUGCUGAUCCAAAUGACGCAGUAACUCAACAAGGUAUUUGGGAUACAGGUGCACGCAACUCCAAUGCCAGGAGGAGUGAGCCCAUGGAUGAUGCACCAAUUGAGGACAACUUAACACAACAAAUCCAAAGAAAUGAACUUGCAAAGUGA